AUGCCAAAUCGGUGUAUAGUUGCUGGUUGCAGCAACACCCCCAAGGAUGAUGUGAGCCUACAUCGAUUUCCAAAGGAUGAAAAUCUACGGAAAUUGUGGAUUUCCAAGGUAAAACUCACGCGGGCCGACUGGCGUGGCCCUAGUGAUUGGAGCACCAUCUGCAGUGACCACUUUUCCGCAGAAGAUUUUGAGGAUACUGGUCUCUAUUCUUCAUUUGGAAUGAAAGUCAGGAGCAAGCUCAUAGACUCGGCAGUUCCAACGAUCAGGCUUGGAGUAAAGCCUUCAAAGAAACAAGAUGUGCCAACAAGGUCUGCUGUCGAGAAGAGGGAAAGGAAACGGAUUUUGGAAGAAGCCCUUUCAGAGACCACAGCCCUAGAUUCACCAGUCUCUGGAUUCGAAUCUUUUGAUGAACCAGGAUGCAGCCACUGGUCUACAGCUUCAGAGAAUGAGGAAAGCUUGACAACUGAGCUGACUGUACCAAGUGUUGAGUGUGAGACGGAUUUACUUGAUGAACCAGCUUGCAGCUACUGGAUUACAAAGGAGAUCUAG